AUGAACUAUUCUUUCUUGAGUAAGAAAGAAAAAAGGUCUUCCGAUAGUAAUAACAGUAAGCUUGCUAAGGAUCGUGUGAUCAAGUCUGAAUUCUUACUUUCUCCAGUUAAGGACAGUCAGAAGUCAUUAUCGUCUAAAUUAUCUUUGCCCCAUUCGCCUGCUUGGUCAGAGAACGAUGGAUCGAAAACAAACAGUCCAAAGGCCACUUUUAAUCUGUCCCCAGAAAAGUUUGACCGGCCUGUUAAAUCGAGAUCUCACAGAAGAAGCCCGUUGAGUAGAGAAACAAGUGGGGAUGUCGGCUUGAGUUGCAGCGAACCAAUUUGCAAGCGCCGCUUGAAAGAUUUUGCAGACAACCUUAACUCGGUCCCUCCAUCCUCGCCAGCUCACCUUCAUGGUCUUCUGAAAUCGGAAGACAAAAACGGCCUCACAUUUUUCGAAUUUUCGGUGAAUUCGCCGGAGGAAGUUUCUUACAUCGCGAAGACGUGGAAAGUCGACAAUGCCCUUAUGUGGGUCUACACUUUUCACUCACUUCACCAUAAAAGAAAGAGCAAUGCAAGUGGUGGUGGAUGGGGAUUUAAGGACAUUAACCGAGAAUCCACUAUGGUUGGCCAGAUGGUAGUAUCAUGCUAUCUACGUACAGAGUUAAAGGCUGCCCGAACUUAUACCGAUUCCAUGGUGCAAGAAUAUGUUUUAUACGAUGUAGCGCAAGCAAGAAGAAGUACUUCAUCUUCCCCUGAUGUUACAAAAUCACCCAUAGUCCCCGAUCAUGGGUGUAAUGAAAUAUCUGCCAAGAAAUUGGUUAAAGAACAGAUUUUUAAGCACUCUCGGCCUCUAAUGGCGGCAGAAUUGCAUCCAGAGUUGGAAAUAGCAGCUGUCGUCAUGCGGGCCCCAUUCGAGAAGAGAGAGAGUCUCAAGUUCAAGAGCGGGGAUGGAGAAAUGGAUCGUCCGCUUCCAAGCCUGCUGGAUCUUUGUCGACUUGAGGAGGCAAGGGAGGGUAUUUCAGGCAAUUCACGUCCUGGGGAGAUGCAUGUGGUGGUCCCGGCUGGGAACCACAGUCUGCCGAGUGGCGAGAACUGUAGGCCUUCGUCUCUGUUGGACAGGUGGAGAUUGGGUGGAGGGUGUGACUGUGGUGGGUGGGAUAUGGCGUGCCCUCUCGACGUUUUUGUUAAUCCGAAUUUUACAAUUUGUGAUGAACAACCGCUGGUGGAUAGUCGGCAUCUCGUGGAGCUCUUUGUUCAGGGAAGAAAAAAUAACAAUGUACCGGCAUUUACAAUGAGGGCAGUGGAGAAUGGGAAGUACGCCAUUGACUUUCAUGCGCAGCUGUCUUCUCUGCAAGCAUUCUCCAUAUGCGUAGCUAUUUUGCAUGCUGCAAACACGUCCACCGCAAUUGAGCACGAGACGAGCAAAAGAAUGCUGAAAAGCGACUCGCUUAAGGUAUUUGCAGAGGAGGAAAUCAAGAACUUGAUGGAUUCAAUUUCAGAAGAGGAGAAUUUUAAGGCCAACAACAAACAAGACGAAGUCUUGACAUCAUUCGUGUUGAACCCACCCUUCUCACCAAUUGCUCGAGUAUAA